AUGCCGACUCCAAGAAAUACACCAGAGACUCAAAAGUGGCCAGACGCUGCGCUGUGCCAUAGCCAGUCCCUCGUUCUCUCCCCAAGCCCAGAUCCUUUGGAGACAAGCAGUCUUGAGUUUCUCACAAGUAUACACGACUGGAGUAAUUCAUUCUAUGAAUCUCUCUAUAUCGAUGGAUUACACGCACAAAACAUCCAUUCCUCACCGCGAACUGCCAAAAUCAACCGUUACGAUCCCGAGGGCUUGAGUUUCGCCUUUCGGACCAUCGUUGAGCUCAUUCAACGCGGAAAAGGCGUUCUAGCAGGCCGCUUGACCCGAAAAGCCUUUCUAGACAUCGAGAAUAUGCUACAGGUCGAGGCACCGCUGUUCAUCUGGAAUGUUUUGGAAAUCAUGUAUCACAUGGUUCGUCUUGGUCAGACACAGCUUCUUGGCAUGCUUCUUAUGCAACUAGUCGAGCUGGCGAGUAAUACCCAUGAGAUGCAGUAUCCGGUCAUCAAGAUGCUGAAGAGCUUGCAAAGAGCGGUGUAUCUUUGGGAGAAGCAUGCGACACUUGAGAAAAUGCACCUUCUUGAGCAGGCUUGGGGUUUGAAUGCUGAUAUAAUAUUCAGCAACUACGACUCGAGACUGUUGGCCAUGUACUACCGCCUAGUCUGGGAAUCCUCCUGUAUCAAGCUUGGCGAGGAUCAACUGGAUGGUCUUGAUAAAUGGUUCUCAGCCGUGAAAAGCAAGAUUCCGCACGAGGAUUCCUAUUUCCGACAGGCUGUUCUAUUCACCGAUCCCAACUCGACAGAGGAUGCUGAACCGCCGAGAGACUACGAGAUCACAAAAGCGCUUUGCGUCUCGGCAAUACAGCAUCGCUGCACAAUGACCUUUGGAGAGUCAAACAUGGCAAGCCUCGUGCGUUUGGGUCUACUCAAGAGUCGUGUUCUUGACGAGAUUGACGAACAAUCAAGCGAUGAGAUACCGCAGUCCCACACGCGGUUUCAAGCAAGGGUUAUGGCCUAUUUGAUGAAGGUGCUUAUGGACGUUGAUAGAGAACUCGGGUUGGAUGUCAAUGUGGCGGACAGAAUGCGGAACAAGAUCGCGUUGCGCGAGUUUGGCUACUCGAGCACUUCGCCGCAGGUUAUACAUGAUAUGUGGCAGCUAGAAGCCUUUCUGCAAAAAGAAGGACAUGUAGCUGAAGCGGAAAAGAUAAGGAAGGAGACAUAUAAGAGGCUGGAGGAGUAUGUGGACCAGGUGCCUGUAGACGAGGUCUAG